UGUCACUAUAAUGAGGCUUGCUAUUAGAAUUGCAACCCAACCUCGUGCAUCAUCCUCUAUUUCCCAACUUAACCCUAAUUUUUCAUUGUCUCAAUCCAACUCAAGAUCACAAUUCAACGGGUCUUUAUUCUCAUGGAAUCAACUCAAGCCUCACUCUACCAAAUGCAACUUCCCAAAACUUCGCCACAAGUGGAAGCAAUACCAAGGGAUCAACCACUGGGAAGGCUUGUUGGACCCCCUUGAUGAUAACCUACGUCGAGAAAUCUUAAGAUAUGGCCACUUUGUUGAUGCUACCUAUAGUUCCUUUGAUUUUGACCCUUCUUCUCUUACCUACGCCAUGUGUGUUCACUCAAAAAAUUCACUUUUCAACCAUUGCGGAUUGACAAACUAUGGAUAUCGAUUAACUAAGUUUCUACAUGUCACGUAUGGAAUUCACGUGCCAUCGUGGAUAAAUAAAAUCUAUAAAUGGUCAUGCAUCCGAUCUAGUUGGAUCGGAUACGUGGCAAUUUGUCAAAACAAGAAAGAAAUUAAUCGGCUUGGUCGACGGGAUGUUGUGAUUGCUUUUAGAGGAACAAUUACGUGGUUGGAGUGGUUGGAAAACCUACGUGCCUCCUUAACACACUUGCCAGGUCAUGUGGUGGCAAAAGAUGGUGUUGCUCCAAUGGUGCAAAAAGGGUUUUUAAGCCUUUACACAUCAAAGACCACAAAACAUGCAAGUUUGCAAGAAAUGGUAAGAGAAGAGAUUGGAAGAGUGAUCCAAACAUACACCAAUGAGCCUCUUAGCCUAACCCUAACAGGUCAUAGCCUUGGAGCUGCACUCGCAAUGCUAAGCGCGUAUGAUAUAACCGCCACUUUCAAGAAUGCACCAAUGGUGACCGUUGUGUCUUUUGGAGGGCCUCGCGUGGGAAACGAGAGCUUUAGGAAGCAAUUGGAACAGAGUGGGAUUAAGAUACUAAGAAUUGUAAACUCUGAUGAUGUUGUGACUAAGGUUCCGGGGCUUGUGGUGAAUAUGGAUGAUGUGGCAAGCAAUAAAGAUGUCCACGAGGGAUUUUGGUCACGAUGGUUGCACAAGCAUGUAGAAGACACGCAAUUGGUCUAUGUCGACAUUGGACAAGAGUUGAGGCUAAGUAGCAAGGAUUUGUCAUAUCUCAACAAAGGAGAUGUUGCUAUGUGUCAUGACCUCAAGACAUACCUUCAUUUGGUGAAAAAUUAUGUAAGUUCCUCUUGUCAUUGCAAACACAAAACAUCCACUCCAUUCAACCACAAAUUCGGAUCACCCGUGGGUUUUAAUAAUAAGAUAUAACCAUAUUGGAGAGAAAAAAAAUGGUGAAUCUUAUAAUAAUUUCUUCUCCUAUAUAUUUUUCUUUAAAAUUAUUGUAUCUUAUAGAAGAGAAAUUAGGGUUGAUGUAGUUUUGUUGGAUGCGAAAUUUGGAACUUGAUAUACUUGUUAAACUAUUAUGAUUUCAAGUUUACUAGUUUCGUUAAAAUCAUUGGAUGUAAAAUAUUAUUCAUUAUGGCACUCAUUUGGUUGUCUUGAUAGGUUAAAGGAGAAGGGUGUUUAUAUUGAUCUUGA